AAGCACUCGCGUUUAGCGCCAUCUGACGGUAGUUUCGCCAUAUUGACAGGGAAUAAGAAAUAGAUUUGGAGUCGAGUGAAAUAUCGUCGAACAUCUUUCCUUCACUAACGAAGGAAAAGGUUUUCAGCCAUGAGUGGGGGUAUCCCAUACCUUGGCAGUAAAAUAAGCCUAAUUUCGAAGGCGGGCAUUCGGUAUGAAGGCAUUUUGUACACAAUUGAUCCGAACGAAUCCACAGUCGCUUUAGCGAAAGUUCGUUCAUUUGGUACGGAAGACAGACCUACAGACCGCCCGGUAGCACCUCGAGAUGAGAUAUUUGAGUAUAUCAUAUUUAGAGGAAGCGACAUCAAAGACCUGCAUGUGUGCGAGGCGCCAAAACCACAGACAUUGCCACCUCCCCAGGACCCGGCCAUUGUAAAGUCAUCUCAGCCCACCCCUGGCGGAGCAGCUGUCCAACAACAGGGCUAUGGGUUUGGAGGUACAGCUGCGCCAUCCUACCAGCCGUUUGGAGGCAAUGCCAUGUACAGCCAGCCGUUCAGUGGCCACCACAGCAUGCCACAGCAGCAGGGCUUUGGAGGAAUGCAUCAGUCUGGAGGACCUCCAGGCAUGGGCUCUCGUGGGCAAUCUCCUUCCCUGCACCGUGUGUCGCCUACUAUGGAUCAGGGUGUGCAAGUGGGCGUGGCAUCCCAGCCUCGCAGGACUGGUUCACGAGGAACCACUCCUCCUCCAAACAGGAAAUCUCCCACAACAGAUCAAGGGACCCAGGCCGAAGCACCAAAUGUGCCAGACACCAGCAAGCCUCCACCAAACCUUCCGUCUCAGCAGCAGGGUGAUAAUAGGCGACGACAACAGCAGCCAAAUCAGCAGCAAAACAACAGAGGCUGGGAAAGACGGGAGCCCAGAAGAGAUGAUCAACAGAAUAGAAGGGAUGAUCAACAGAAUAGAAGGGAUGAUCCACAGAAUAGAAGAGACGAUCAACAGAUCAGAAGGGAUGAUCAGAAUAGAAGAGACGAUCAGAAUAGAAGGGAUGAUCAACAGAAUAGAAGAGAUGAUCAACAGAUUGAGAGACAAAAUUCUGGAAGUUAUGCAAGGGGGCGUGGCAAUAACAGAGGUGGCUCCAGCUCAGCUAAUUACCGUGGCAACUCUGCUAGAGGCGGGCCAAGGGGAGGACCCCCCAGAGGACAGUCAGCAGGGCGGGGACGUGGGGCAGGUCACACGAGGGAGCCCAUCAAGUUUGAGGGAGAGUUUGACUUUGAGAGCUCAAAUGCACAGUUUGACAAGGAGGAGAUUGAAAGGGAAUUGAAGCAGAAAUUGACACUUGGUGAUAGCAGCAAAGAGAACGGUGAGAAGCCAGUAGAAAAUGGCGAUGGUGACGAGGAUGAUGAGUUCUACUACGAUAAAGCAAAGUCCUUCUUUGAUAACAUCAGUUGUGAGGCCACUGAUAGAGCCAAAGGGAAACAAUCUCGACCAAGCUGGAAGGAAGAGAGAAAACUCAAUGUUGAAACGUUUGGCACCAGCGACCCGCGGCGGGGUUACCGAGGGCGAGGUGGUUUCCGUGGCAACCGAGGCUAUAACGGCUACCGGGGGCGUGGUCGAGGAGGAGGUGGUGGUGGGUACAGGGGUCGUGGUAAUUACGGUGGUGGCGAUGGUCGCGGGGGCAGUGGUGGUUAUCAGGGCAACAACAGACGUAACCAGGGCUGGGUGGACUAUGAGUAUCACUAUGACAACAAAGACAGACGGCCAACCAGCGCCCAGGACCAGCCAGCCAGUACAAACAAACAUCACACAGCUCCUCCAAUGAGUUGUCAUUCAGGUCUAGACUUUCAUUGCAGCCAAAUAGUCGACAGACGGUGAAGGCGGAGUCAUAGUGCUGUAAGAGCUGGGUCAUCACAUCAUGCCUUGAGGUGACUCUUCUGGUCAAUGUAUUAUGCCUGGAUCUCGAACAUUAGAAGACAUAGGAAUUUAUUUCAAAACAAUGUCAAAGAAUGACAAAUCAAUGUACAUUUAUCUUGAAGAGACUUGGAAGAACUCUAGAGGACUUAUUUUGUACAUUAUGGGAUAAUUAUGAAUUCGGUACUCGAUAUUGAUGUCUGGAUUUGACCUGUUAUGUAGAAUUAUUUUGUAUUGUUAUGUCACCUGAAUCAGUAUUUAGUAAGCGUGACAUGACGUGCUUUUUGUCCAUUAUUUAUAUAUGUAAUUGACCUUGAUUGUGACUUACGUGAUCACAGUAUGCCAGUUAAAGGCUAGUGCUAGUUGUGAAAAUGGGUUAAGAUCAGUGCUAUUAUGGUAAAUGUAAUUAAUUUCUUUGAACAAUACGCUUUAUUACAUACAGCAACAGUAUGUGUUAAGUGCUAAUUUUUCCCCUACGAUGUUUGAGCAGCAUUCUUAAAAACGUUUUAUGUUGUUGCUUGCUCUUUACAUAAAUUGUUAAAAAACUUGGUUCCAAUAGCAUAUGGGGGUUUUGUUGUAUGUUAAUAAGGCCUUAUUGGCUCAAAGUAUUUUCAUGGUAUUGCAUAAACAGGGUGCAGAUUCAACGGGGGUGUUCAGGGAUUUACACACGGCUUGACAGAUGUAAACACACUGUUAAGAACUUUAUUUUUGCAAAUAUCUCAAGUUAUAGAAAUACAUUUGCAAAAAUCUUUAAUGCAUAAAAAAACAGUUUUUUUGCAGUUUGUGCCUAUAUCUUAAGGUAUAAGAAUAAAUUCUUGAAUACGUCUGAAAUCUGUGACAUUGCGUGAAACAUAACCAUGUUCAAUUUUGAACCAGAACACAGGCUUAUUCAAUAAAUUAAUUCUGAUUGGUUUAACAUUUCUGUAACCAGCAUAAAAAUCUAUCUUUUUGCACUAGUUGAAAUUCUUAAGAAAAAUUGUGUUAAAAAGUUAUUUGAAAUUAAGCACUACUUAGGCCAAAAAAAAAAGAUUCUGUGUUCAGGGCAACGGUCUCAAAAAAGCUAGGUAGGGUAGGGAUUGAUUUUUUUAUAUUUUUUUUACCCCAAGAAUCUAGGGAUUGCAAUGGUGUUCCUACUGCCUACUUCUUUGCAUCCAUGACAACCUAUGAUACUUAUAUUACUUUAUUUGAAAAUAAUUUCAAGUAAUAACAUUUAUUGUAUUAAACAUUUGUUUCAUUCUUAGGUGUAAAUUGGUAAAUUGUAAAUAAUUGUUGAAAAUAAAAUCAUUUUGUCAUUCGAAUUUUUUUAAAUGUAUGUUAUACAUUUAAUACCAUUUGAUAAAAAACAAUUCUGAAGUAGUCACAAAUAUUAAAAUUUUACUUUAAAAUAUACAUGUGCAUAUAAAUGGAAAGCCAUACAUGCCCGCAUACAUGUUAUUUUAUAUAUUUAUAAUACCUCAAUAUUUCAUUAAUUUAAUACUUAUCAUAGUUUACUGUAACUCUUCCUCUUCGAUGGUUGCAAUAAUAUUUUUUGGACUGCCAAGGGAGAUUGAAUUCACAAAAAUUGUGUCGGAUCAAAAUACUCAAAUGCUCACCUUUAUGAAAUUUGUAGAUAUCAAACACUAAAACACUCCAAAAAAUCACACAUUUAUAGUAUUUUAUAUAAAAAUAAAUGGUUAAAAACAAAUCAUUUUCGAAAUUUAAAAUUUGUUUAUUGUAUACUAGUAUGCAAAUUGCUGUUUAAACAAAAGUUGUCACUGAUGUUUUUCCAUCUUUAGCAGGGACAUUAUAUAGGCCCUUUUUCCCAUGGGAAAGGCCUCUUCUCCACAAUAAAUUUCUUUAAAAUAGUGCAAAUUCCCCGAAAUUUUAAGUUUAAUAUUAAGAAAAUCCCCGUUUUCUUCUUUUGUGUAUAUUUACCCCCUAAAAUUGAAGGCCAGACGUCUCACCAACAUUCAGAAAAAACUCAUUGCUGAUAGUUAAUCAAUGUACAUGUAUUAAAGUUAUUUUUACAAAAAAUCACAUUUAGAAUUGUAAGGAAUCUAUGAAGUACCUUUAACAAGAGAACACAUGCUGGAUAUCGAUAACAUAAUUAAACAGACUAAGAUUAAAAAGCGCAAAGCAAUUCUCAGUAUUACGAAAGUUUCAUCGACAAUUUAUUGGUCGCAAAAUUACGUGACAACUCAUAAUUUUACUACAAAAGUCAAUAAACUAGCCACAAGGAAAAUGCAUUAUUAUGCGUCAAUUUUAUGGGGUGACUAACUGUUUAUACCCCAAUUACGACAAUCUGAGUUGCAGAACGUGUAUUCGUUUGAGUGUAUAAUCUAUCAACAUAUUUACUCUCUUUUAACUGCGCAUGCGCAGGAACAUUUUAUGAAUGUAAAAAAAAUACGAGAUAAUGUUUACUGCUCAUAUUUAUUUUAAGCUCUCUUUUAUUUUCAGAUUUUAAUUCUUUAAAAUAAAUAAAUUGUUGCUCUUGUAUUAUUUAACGGACAUUCGGAUCGGCAACAUAGCAUUUUCAAUUGGCCCUGUCUUAAACGUCGGUCACGUCCACUUUUGAAAUAUCUCCUCGUGGCAUUGGAAAUGCCUUUGUAACUUAUUGAACGAGGUCGUUACAUCAAAAACACGAAACAUUCACAGAAUGUUUGCAAUUUUGGUUGAAAAACAUGUAAAAUUGCUGACAUUUUCGACAAUGUUACCAAACGCCAUAUGCGUUUAUACGUGAUUACCUCCCAUGAAAAUAAAGCGCUAUUGACUUAAAAUUUCACGGAAAAUUGGGCUUUAAAAACUUUAGGGUCGGGGGGGGUUCUGGUAGGUAGGGUCGGGUUGCCUGAAACACACAAUCUUUUUUUUGGCCUUACAAUCUUCUUUACAUUAAUAUAAGUUAAAAUGGGGAACCCCACAAAGUCACGUGAUCCUGCACCCUGAUAAAGAUAAAAACAAACUGCUGGAAACUUAAUGUGAGACAACUUAAACUUGUCUCCUGCUGUGCCAAUUAGAGUACUCUUUAAUAAUUUUAAGUUGUAUGCUAACUGGGUUGAAAGCUUUUCAGUCUACUGACUAUUAAGACUUCAAACAUGAGACAUGCAAUGACCCUUUUGACAAUUCUUCACAUGUGCUGAACAAACUAAACGAAAUAUUCCAUCAUUGCUUGUAUUAUUAUUGAGUAUUUUAGUUUGUACCCUACAUAACGUACGUUCUGGUUAAUAAUAAUAGGACUGGCAUAGGCAUUAAAUUGAAAUAACUUCACUCUAAACUAUUAAACAUCGGAAAAAAAUGAAUCCAAUAAAUUGAAAUUUUGAA